CGUUAAUAUGAGAAGCCCCGUUAAAUGUUAUUAUCAAAGGGCGCGGAAGAAACUUUACUUAUUAUUUAAAUCAUGGUUAUAAUAGAGAAAUGAACAGUUACAUAACGAGACGCAAUUAUUGCACUAAACGACAUUUGCAUAGGCUAUAAGCUUUACGUAACACAAAAUGAAGGGGUCCUGAAUUAAAACACAAAAUCAAUCUAGUUUUGACUUUAAGGUCGAUUUUAACAUGGCAUUUAGAUUAAUCUUGCAUUUUGGCAAGAGUUGCAUAAGAGGGGCAUUAUAUGCACGCGACUGUUGUCGCUGUCCGCGGUGCUGAACUGCAGGCUGUGCACGAUGAUGCAUCAACAGGCAUAACUGCAGAAACAACUGAUCUAGGAUCAUUUUCUCUCUACAAAACAUCAGCCCGUGCCAGUAUGAAAGCGAAACAGCGUUGACCAAGAUCAGCAGUACGGGCACAUCAUUGCGACAGAUUGGUGCAAAUGCAAAACAGAGUUUGCAUCGUUUUUCUGUUAUAUCGGCAUUGCAUGUGCUUGGAUUGGUUUGGACGUUAUUACUAUCCUCCUGUUGUUGUUUAUCGUUCAUCUCAUCGCUUUACCUCAUCAGAUCAUGUGUCAUAAGUCACCCAGGGCUCUUCUAGUUUUGCAUUUCCACCGCGAGCACAAUGGCCGGCUCAUUUUUCCGCAAUGGUCUUCAGGAAAGUCGCCGCUACGUCACGCCCCUGUGCCCAUUUUUGGAGGGGAGCCCCGUCACAUCCCUUGCCCAUAUCUGGGCAAGAGCCGUCCAGAGUCAGCACACGGCGGGGAAUCCUCCAGUCGACGUAGAUGAGCGGUGGGCGGAGCUCUGGUCGAGCCGAACAGUAUAAAAGGGGGACGAGGAAUUCCAGUAAACGAAUCGACGGAGACCAGAAUCUGGAAGCUAAAGGAGCUCUGCUUGACAGGAAACAAGACAAGGGAAUCCCAAAGCAUUCGGAAAUAAUUCCAAAGACAUUUCUUGUGGAUUUUUGGUACAUAUAUAUUUCUUUGCACUUAAGAGCAUCAUGCUGAACACCGUGGACUUCAGUGCGCUGGAUUUUCUCUGCGCCCAAGCCGAGAGUCUGGAGACACAAUCUAGCCCUCAGAUUCAACCUGAUGCUGCUCGCGGACUGUUGAAGCCCAAAGUGGAGCCACUGGAUGCCGGUUUUCCCGAGUGCUCCAGUGACGGCUUCCCGCCGUCUCCACCGACCUACACAGGCAGUUUCUACACCGAGACCGGCCCUUGUAGCGCGGACGCCCUGCUCAGCAUACUCGCCGAAAUCGUCGGCAUCUCCACGGCACCCAUUUCCGAGCUGAGCACCGAUAACUUCUUCGGAAACUCUCGCGGCAACGCGUUGUCACGCCAGGAGUCGUUGUUAUCCACGGGGAGCUCGUUGGGUUCCCCGGAACCGUGCUGCAACGACUCGUCGGAUGAAUAUAUGGACGGUUUGAGUGUCCAACAGUCGUUCCCGGUGACUGUUAAGAGUGAGUUCGGUAGCAGUUGCCAUGGCUGCGAUCUUUUCGACGGGUUCGGUACUCCAGAUUCACUCCCUCACGAGCCCUCAGACUUGGAUGACAUCAUUGACUUGCUCUCUCCACUGGGUCCCGAGACGGACUCCGUUUUGGACACGUGGAUCAAGCAAGAGCCGUUGGAUCUAAACUACUCAACCAACUUCACUAACUUUCCGAUUCCCGUCUCAACACCCAGUGCGUUUGGACUCGGCUGCGCGUUGGACUCUCUUGUCGUAAAGAGUAAAGCGCGAUCCAGGAAGGGCGCGGUCCGCGAGAAGCCCUUCUGCUGUCCGAUGGAGAACUGCGACCGCCGCUUCUCCCGUUCCGACGAGCUCAACCGUCACGUCCGCAUCCACACCGGCCACAAGCCCUUCCAGUGCCGCGUCUGCCUGCGCUGCUUCAGCCGCAGCGACCACCUCACCACGCACAUGCGCACGCACACAGGAGAGAAGCCGUUCUCCUGCGACGUGUGCGGGCGUCGCUUCGCGCGCAGCGACGAGAGGAAGCGGCACGGGCGCGUGCAUCUCAAACAGCGCGAGAGGAUGCAGCAAAAGACGGAGCUACUGGCUGCAUGCGCGUUUUCUCUUCCAGGACUUGUGUGAGCUCCAGGGACAUUGAUUGUGUUCCCGUUCUUUUUUUUUUCCCACUACGGGAAGUUUAUGGCUCAAGGCGAGGCGCAGUUGAUGUGCGCGAGCAGCUCAGUGCUUGAGACACUGGAAGAGGAGUCUUGAAUGGGACUGAACUGGCGCGAGCACCACACUUGUGUUGAUGUGUGUUGUGACGAGCUUGGCAUGCAGUUGAAAGCGAAAAGACUCUAAAUGAAUGAGAUCGAUUGCCUGGAAAGGCCAGACAUAUGUGCAGCACUUGGACAUUACCUCAACCUUUUAUUUGUCACCCUACUUACAAGAAGUGACAUUGAUCACGAGGACCUCAGAUGUUGUUGUGACAUACCUUGCAUGUCUUAGUAUGAUGUAAACGUGCAUUUGUUUUACACUUUCUAUACCAUGCUGGCAUGCGCAAUGUGAUCUGCGUCUUUUACCUUGUUGUAUUUUGAUACAUCACUUUAUAAAUCACACGAGAAGAGCCCUAUAUAUUUGUACAUUAAUGAUUGUAAUUUUGUAUUCGUCAAUUUACUCAAAGAGAGCGCGAGAGAUCUAUUCUAUAGUGAUUGUAUUCCACUUUUGACAGUAGAAUGUGUUUGGUUGGUUCUUGGGAAGCUGAUGCGGUAGAAUAUUUACAGACUUCAACAUCAUAGCUGAGUUGCAGUAGCACACUUGGAUGUUACUGUCUAUUUGCCUUUGAAAACUGUUCUUGUGCAAUGAAAUACUGUUAAAUGUGGAUAUUCUGAGGCGUUUGAAUGUUUCAAAUAAAACUUUAUUUACUGACA